AUGGGUGACACCAUGAAAAAGAAUAGAAAUGAUGGUCCCAUCUUCAAGGUGGGCUUCGAGAAAGCUUUUGAUAGUGUUGCUUGGGAGUUCCUUAACUACGUCAUGACCACCAUGGGUUUUGGUUGCAGAUGCUGUAUGUGGAUACAGGCUUGCAUUAACAUUGCCUUUAUCUUUGCUCUUGUUAAUGGAUCCUUUCCUAGAAAUAUGGCAAUAGGUAGAGGACUUAGGCAAGACUAUCCCCUUUCUCCAAUACUCUUUAACUUAAUGGUGAAGGUUUUCAGCUUGAUGAUGUACAAGGUGAUUAACAGCCAACUUGUUAAAGGUGUUGAGAGUGUUGUGGAAGCAUGGGCUGACCAAAUCAACUGUAAGGCUAGUAAGCUACCCUCUAUCUACUUAGGCCUUCCAUUAAGGUUUAAACAGAAUUCUAUCAAUAUAUGGCAACUGGUUGUUCAACGGUUUGAGAGUAAGCUAGCCUUAUGA